AUGGAUGGACAACUGUGGUUUGAUUUGCAUCGAUUACGAUGGCCAAUAGAUGUUAAUGUUGAGAAGUUUUUGGAUGCAGUUAAACACAAGAUGCCAAGUGCAUUUACAAAGGAUUGGCAUGGUUGCUACAAGCAACGAGCCAUCAACGCUAAAGAAUACAGAGCUGUUGUGUAUGAUUUGGGGAGUCAUUCUGUAAAGUGUGGAAUUGUGACUUUGAAAACACGAAAACCCAAGUUUCUUAAACGCAAAUCAGUUAUUGCAAAGGUCAAUGGAAUUUUUGAUCUUCAUAUGAGGCGAACAGAUUUUGAGCGUUUCUACAGUGGUGCUGAGGCCAGAGCUCAAUUUCCUGAUCAUCUUGUUAGACUCAUAGAAAAUGGGCGUUUUACCAUAUCAGGAAUACAGUUUUUAUCUGAAAUAAUGAUUCAUUUCUACUCUGAAUAUGCCUUGAAACCAAAAUACUAUCCAAUUGUGAUAUUGGAGGCUGCAUUUGAAUGGGAUGAUUCAACGAAGGAAAAGUUGAGCACAAGUUUGAUAUCUGUGUUUUGUCCACCCAGCAUUUGCUUUCUGAGUGCAACUGUUGCGACACUGUACAGUCAUGGUUUGAGCUGUGGUGUUGUUGUAAAUAUGGGACAUGAAACGGCGUCUGUAUCUGCUGCUUGGGAUGGUUCCAUUAUGCCCUCUUGCACUACGAGUCUGGAUGUCAGCGCAUCUCCGGAUGACGUGGCAGAGGUUGUAGGUCAAGUCAUUGAAUCUGCAUGCAAUGGUGAUGAGCACAUUCGUUUGGUUCUCAUGAGCAACGUGGUAUUGGCUGGUGGCCCAUUUAUGGUAGCAAGCAGAAUGAGAUCGGACACAGAAGAUGCUAUUGCUAAAGUUGUCAGCGCAUCCUGUCAUCACAUUUCUGAUGAUGAAGGCGUGGAAAUGAGUGGAGUUAGUGGAGGUUGCUCAUUUGUGUCAUUAUCACGUUUUACUGAAUUUGUGAAAGUACGUGAUGACCAACAGCGUUUAGAGAAAAUGGCCUUGACCGGCGGCCUACCUCAUCCAUUGUCUUUCUACUACUAUGUUACCAAGUUUCAAGAAUUUUGGUGGAGAGACAGAGUUCAAAAUGCAGAAAUAGGGAUCACUCAGGAUGUUACAGACAGUGACUACACUGGUUCUGAAGAUGAUGACGACGACGACGACGACGACGAUGAUAAUGACGAAAUAGGGGUCACUCCGGAUGUCACAGGCAGUGCAUGA